UUGAGGGUCAUUGGGUGUGGCUAGGAGGAAGGAGACAGAGUUUCCAGUCUGGUUCCUCUCUUUUUGGAGACAUGGCUGACACUCAAGAGCCUCUGAGCAGCUCAAUAGAGCCCGUCCCUACCUCCUCUCCUCCUCUCUGGCCCACCAUACCUGAGUUUUACGCAGGAAAGAGCAUAUUCAUGACUGGAGCUACUGGUUUCAUGGGGAAAUGUCUGCUAGAAAAGAUACUGCGGGAUCUUCCUGAGGUGGAGCAGGUCUACAUACUCAUCAGACCAAAGAAAGAGAAGAGCAUUCAAGAGAGAGUUGAAGAUCUGAGCAAACUAAAGUUGUAUGAGAAGGUGCUUUCAGACAGACCUGACAUUUGGAAAAAGGUUGUUCCCCUCUCUGGUGACAUUGGUUCCCCUCAGCUUGGACUGAGUGAAGAUGACGUUGAAAGAAUUAGUGACAAUGUCUCCAUUGUGUUCCAUCUUGCUGCUACUGUCCAGUUCAAUGCUCCUCUACAAGAAGCCAUACAAUAUAAUGCAUCAGGAGUGAGGAAGGUUAUUGAACUGUGCAAGAAGAUAAAGAAAUUAGAAUCCUUUGUACAUGUAUCUACGGCCUACGCAUUCUGUCAGCUAACACAAAUUGAUGAGAAGGUGUAUCAAAAUGAAGUUCACUACAAGAAAGUUUUGAAUCUCCUGGACUGGUUCAAGGAUGACAUGUGGAACAUGGUUACUCCAUCAUUACUUGAAGGUCGUCCCAAUACAUACACUUACUCAAAGUCCCUCGGAGAACAAAUAAUAGUGGAAGAAGCUCAUGACCUUCCAGUGGCCAUAUUGAGACCAAGUAUCAUCGGAGCAGCUGUGAAAGACCCACUACCAGGUUGGAUAGAUUGCUUCCAUGGUCCAGGUGGUUUAUUUGUUGCGACUGGUAAAGGAUUAUUAAGAGUCCUGAGAGCCGAUAUCAAUGGAAAGGCAGACAUUGUGCCAGUGGAUUUUGUUAAUAACAUGCUAUUAUCUGUGGGAUGGGCAACAGCAAUGAAUAAGUCCAAAGAUAUCAAGGUCUAUCACUCCAAUACAGGCACACAGAAUCCUAUUACAUGGAUACAGCUAUAUCCACUGGUUAUUAAAUCUUAUUAUGACAAUCCGUUUGAUUGGAUAUUCCAUCGUCCAAAGAUAUAUUUAUGCAGACCAGCUUUCUCAUGGCCUCUCUGGCACCUGUUCCUCCACUCUAUACCAGCCUACGUAAUGGACUUCAUAUUCACUCUAUUAGGAAAGAAAGCAAUUUUGGUACGUAUUUAUUCAAAAUUAAAGAAAGCAGUGGAACAGUUAGAUUACUUCACUCAGCACUCCUGGGAGUGGUCGAAUGCAAACGGGAAUCAUCUCAAGACCCUGAUGAGCGAAGACGAUCAAAGAAUGUUCAACUUUGAUCCGAUGACUAUAAAAUGGCCAUCCUACGUUGCACUGUUUUGCAUGGGAACUAAGAAGUAUCUUUUAAAAGACGAUCCAAAUAAUCUUUCAAGAGCAAGAAAACAAAUUCAAAGAUUGCGCAAUAUCCGUUACAUGUUUAACUUUUUAAUGUUUCUAUUGGCGACCCGGUUGGUCUAUAUAAGGUCUCGUAUUGCUCGGGAGGUGUGGUCUAGUUUCCUAGGGAUGUGCCUCUUGCUACUGCGUAAACUGGGCUUCCCUGCACUACAAUUGAGCAUGUGAGGUGGGCGGGGCUAGAAGAUUAUUUAUAUACAUUAUAGUUAUUAUUUUUGAUCAGGGUAAUAUUGUAUUAUUAUUAUUAUUAUUAUUAUUAUUAUUAUUAUUAUUAUUAUUAUUGAAGACAUCAGCUGAUUUCAUUAAUAAAAAGCUGUUUUAUUCCUAUUAUUAUUAUUAGUAUUAUUACUAAUUAUAUUUCUUUUAUACCUGUAUACAUGAAAUUAA